GGGUCACUUCGGCUCCUGUCACUCCACUGAUUACAGCCGAGUACCAGCCUCUCGACUACUUGCGUGGCGUCUGUGGAUAGAGACAUUUUCUUCUUGUUGUGUGGACGCUUUUCGCGGCUCUUUGCCUCUCUGAUGGCUUUCCCCUUUCUGACCGUCGACAAGUGGCCACACAUAGCAGAAGGACAACAGGACUUCGUGCACGAAGGCCACACCAGACCUCUGGCGGGACACCUCCUUCGAAGCGGCUGACCAAGCAUCGUGUCCUGCAACUUGCUCCGUCGAAAGAGCUGGUCAAAGACUUAACACGGCAGUACAACGACAUGCAUCCCGAUGCUCGUGUAGAUGACUACCUUUGUAAGGAGAUGGAAUGUCGUGAGUGCCGUGUUCGUGGACCAAGAUGUCCGGGAGAGGGACAGGCGCAUUCAGACACUGUAAUCGACACAACGACUGUUGCCUGCCCAUCCUUUCAUUAUUGUGGCAUUGUUGUCUCCUGAUGUGCAUUCAGGCGAGCAGAAAACCAAGCCCUCAGCCGCAACGUUGAGCGCCUCAAGGACGAGGUGCAGCAGGAGAGGCAGAAGGCCGCACAGCAGGAGAUUCGGUAUGUGAGAUCUACAGGCAUGCACAGCACAGGUGCAGGGCGCUUUCGUGACUGCCUCUCUCUUUUUUGUGUGUGUACAGGUAUAAGGCCUCCAUGACCCAGUACAGGAUGUAUAUUGCUGACAUGCUCCGGCAGAAGUAACCAACGGAAUACUGAUCGGACGCGAUUGAAUGUUGUUGUUAUGACUCCUGCUGCAGGGGGACUGAGGGCAAGCAGAAUGAAGACGACAAGUACAACACCGACACCGGUAACGAAACGAGCAAACGAGCGGCACAGAUAUUGCACUAGCAUCCGUGUUGCCUUUAUGUUUGCUGACGCGAUUCAGGCAGCCUUCCCGGACAGUUCAGCACCAAAGCCAGUGAGGACAACGAUAUCAAGCGUCACAUCACAGACAUGAUCAUCGACUAUCGCCAUGAGCCGAGGGAGGGCGAGGAGAAGCGAGUUACUUGGCGGGAUAUGAUUGGGAACGCCAGCGUCAAACAAAAGUGAGUCGGGAUGAAACGGUUCUUCAAUAACACAGUGGAUUCGUUGACGCUUUUUGUGUGUGCAAUGAAGCCUUCUGCAGCUCUUUCUAUGGCCUGCCAAGUAUCCACUCGAGUUCACGGGGCUGCCGGCCCUAUAAGAGGGCCUUCUGCUUUUC